AUGGGGAAGACGCCGGUGCGGAUGAAGGCAGUGGUGUACGCGCUGUCGCCGUUUCAGCAGAAGGUGAUGUCGGGGCUGUGGAAGGACCUGCCGUCCAAGAUCCACCACAAGGUCUCCGAGAACUGGAUCAGUGCCACCCUCCUCCUCACCCCGCUCGUCGGGACCUACACGUGCGUAAACCCUCAACCUUUAUCGAAUCAUGCUCCGACAAUGUCCAUUGUUUAUUCUCCUAUUUUUUCCUCUUUUUCUUCAAAGCGUUAGUCUAUCUACGGGUCUCGUGAGUCUCUCCCCGGUGGGUUGCGAUGAAACCCUUGCAUGUUUAUUUUCUGAUUUUUCUCAAGAUUUAAAGCGCAUUCGUUUCAGUUCCUGUUGCAAAGUGGUUUUCCAUGAUGUGGAAAGGGUAGCUGUUUCUUGACGCAACCGUUGAGACAUUCCACAUUUAUAAACCACGGCACGAUUUGGCUUUGUUGUUGGCGGAUGAUGCGUUGUAUCCUUAUAGCAAGAGAAUUAAGAUACCUUAUCUUCUCGUUGCCUCCCUUCUUAAUGUCUGUGCGUACUCCGGUUCUUAAUAUCGUGUAAAUCUACACGAUAAUCAGCUCAGCUUCGAGGUUGCAUUUGACAUUUCUGUAGCUUGAUGGUGAUCAAAAAAAUCCAAAAAAAUAGUUUCAUAGCCAUUCAACCGUGAUCAGAGUGGCCUGAGAGUCGAAGGUCCUUUGGAGUUUACUCAGCUGAUGGUAGCAUAACCUGUUUGGUAAAAAGCGUGGGGAUGAUGGAUGGAAUUUUCCAUCAGCGUCUGAUUCUAAUUGAGGAGAGAACCGGCACGAGGUAAGAGAUUUUAUGCCGACAUAGCAGGAGGAGACUUUGUCGCAUAUCUAG